AUGUUUUCGCUCGAUAGGUUUAGAGAUGUUGUCAACGAGCAGCUAACUGCUGCAGCUGAGAAAAUAUGUGACGAUUUUACAAGAACUGUCGUCGAGGACGAGGCAGAAAUCGACCGUGAGCGCAGAAAGCUGGAUAUCGUUUGGAAACCUCACAUCCACUCACACAGAAUAGAUGUCCCGCAGCAACAUGUGUGUAAGGAGGAGGAGGUUGUAGCUGAGCAGCAGCUGUGCCACCUGGAGAGGAAGUCUAGUCUGGACCAGGAGGAUCCAGAGCCUCCACAGAUAAAGGAGGAGCAGUUCGUACAGGAGGAGACUGACACGUUGAUGUUGAAUCCUACUCAGGAGGAAAAUGUCCUGCAGCAACAUGUGUGUAAGGAGGAGGAGGUUGAACCUGAGCAGCAGUUCUGUCACCAGGAGAGGAAGUCCGGUCUGGACCAGGAGGACCCAGAGCCUCCACAGAUUAAAGAGGAGCAGGAGGAAGAACAGCUCAAACAGGAGGAGACUGAAAUGUUGAUGUUGAUUCCUACUAAGGAGGAAAGUGAGCAGAGGGAAGCAGAUGGACAAAAUGAACACCAGCUCCUUUCUCACAACUUUCAUGUUGCUGAGAAUCAGAAUCACAAAGAGAACAAGCAGGAAGACUCAGAGAUGACUGUAAAAUCCAAACCAAGACAAGAGACAGAAAGAAAACACACAGGUGAGAGGGUGUACUCAUGGGAAGUAUAUGGAAAAAGUUUAAAAUAUAAAUAUAGAUUGAAAAAACACAUGAUAACACACACAGGUGGGGGUUAUCACUCCUGCUGCACCUGUGGAAAAAGAUUCAGUCAAAAACAAAAUUUAAAUCAGCACAUUCUUACUCACACAGGUACAAAGCCGCACACCUGUGGUACCUGUGGGAAAUCAUUCACACAGAAAGGUAGUUUGGACCAGCACUUGAAAAUCCAUACAGGUGAAAAACCAUAUACAUGCACAACAUGCAACAAAUCUUUUAGACAUAAAAGUGCAUUGACAGUCCACAUGAGAAUACACGCAGGUGACAAACCAUUUACCUGCACAAUGUGCAACAAAUGUUUUACACAGAAAAGUUCCUUGACGGUCCACAUGAGAACACACACAGGUGAGAAGCCUUUCUCCUGCAGCACCUGUGGAAAAAGAUUCAAUAAAGGUGCAAGUUUGAAUACACACAUUCUUACUCACACAGUUAAAAAGCCGUACACCUGUGGUACCUGUGGGAAAUCAUUCACAACGAAAGGUGGUUUGGACCGGCACUUGAAAAUCCAUACAGGUGAAAAACCGUAUACCUGCACAUUGUGCAACAAGUGUUUUAGACAUAAAAGUGCAUUGACAGUCCACAUGAGAACUCACACAGGUGAGAAUCCUUUCUCCUGCAGCACCUGUGGAAAACAAUUCAGUACGGGGUCAAAUUUGAAUACACACAUUCAAACUCACACAGGUACAAAGCCGUACACCUGUGGUACCUGUGGGAAAUCAUUCACACUGAAAAGUAGUUUGGAUAGGCACUUAAAGAUCCAUACAGGUGAAAAACCAUUUACCUGCACAGUGUGCAACAGAUGUUUUAGUCGUAAAAGUGCAUUGACAGUCCACAUGAGAAGUCACACAGGUGAGAAGCCCUUCUCCUGUGGCACCUGUGGAAAACAAUUCAGUACAAAAUGUGUUUUGACAGUCCACAUGAGAACUCACACAGGUGAGAAGCCUUUUACCUGUAACAACUGUGGAAAAAUAUUGUUUUAUUACGACUCCUGUUGA